UAACAGUGCGGUUCUCGAGGCAGUUGACAUUGUCGGCGGUACUCAUUUGGCAGAUAAUUUGAAUCCUGAAAUCAUCUUUAAGGAAUUGGAACAAAACACACAUUAUGUCGAUACUACUGCUGAAGUUGCAGCUGAAUGUAAAUCGGUUUGCGACGAUGACCAUAUUGAUACAACCAACCUUAACAGUCCUUCAUACUUAUCUGAUUUGGGCUUGUGGCCUACCCUUGUUUCUAAAAAUAUGAGAGAAUACUGGAUAGCUAAAGGAAGUAGUGAAUGCCAGAAUCUGGAUGCUGACUUCAGUGCAACGUCUACAAGAUUUGAAGGAGAGAAGUAUAAUCGACAAUGCCAGAAAAGUUUAUUCACGUUCGCACAUUCAUGUACAAAACAGCAGUAUCCGCGUAACUGGCUUUGUUUUUCACCGUCUAUGCUAGCCAUCUACUGCUUCCCAUGUAAACUGAUGACGGACGUUGAAUUGUUUGGGAAAUUGGGAUGCAAAGAUUGGAAACGUGCUACCCAAGCAAUUUCACGCCAUGAAAAAAGCGCCAGACAUAGAAAUGCUAUGGUUCAACUUUUACUGCGCAGCGACGCAGGCAAUCGUGUUGAUGCUGCAUUGGUUCGGCAAGAACAGGAAGAACGUGAUUAUUGGCGUUCUGUUUUAGAGCGUGUAGCAGAAGACUAUCCGCCACCUUGCAGUGCGAGGCUUAGCUUUUCGUGGUACAAAUGA